UUGAUUGAUUUUCUGACUCCCCCUCAGCCUCCAAAAUGAUGCUGAGUCCGGACCAAGCUGCCGACUCGGACCACCCUAGCUCAGCGCACUCGGAUCCGGAGUCGUUGGGCGGCGCGGACGCCAAGGUGCUGGGCAACGUGUCGGACCUGGAGCCGGUGGAGGAGGCCGAGGGCGACGGCAAGGGCGGCGGCCGGGCCGCGCUCUACCCGCACCCGCAGCAGCUGAGCCGCGAGGAGAAGCGCCGCCGCCGGCGUGCCACGGCCAAGUACAGGUCGGCUCACGCCACCCGCGAGCGCAUCCGCGUGGAGGCCUUCAACCUGGCCUUCGCCGAGCUCCGCAAACUGCUGCCCACGCUGCCCCCGGACAAGAAGCUCUCCAAGAUCGAGAUCCUGCGCCUGGCCAUCUGCUACAUCUCGUAUCUCAACCACGUCCUGGACGUGUAGGGGCGGGAGCGUUGCCGGAGGCUGCGGGUCUGGAUGUCGGGGGACUGAGACCGACCCCGGAGACUUGGACCAUGGAAGAAGUUAUCAGCGUGUUGCGUUCUCUCGAAUCAGCAGGGGGACGAGGGAAGGUUUCCCACUCUGGAAGGUGGGGUUGUCUGGCAAGCUGUGGGGCUUGCAGG